AUUCCUCAUCAUAUCACUUUGAAUACCUCAUCUUCAAACAUCCAUCAACCUUUAUCAACUUCUAAUAUCACUUCUCAAAACACAGCCAACAUGACCGCCAGUCUAACUCAAUCACACCUCCCAACACCUUCCUCAAACAACGAUUCGCAAACCCACAAACUCAAAGACGAAUCUUACUUUACCUACUCUCAUCACAGUGCUUCCCACAGACGUCGGUCCACUACCAAAAACCCCUGGGCAGUUCCUAAACCCGACGAGCCCACUUCAUCUACGUCGCAGAGCAAGAUGCCUGCUGGUUCCUCCUCCUCUAAACAACCAGCCAUCGCAUCCAAAUCUCGCGACGCAACUGCUCCCACCCCGCCACAAAGUCGCAGUCCUCCGCACUGUACAUGCAAGCGACCAUCCAUCGGCGUCGACCCCCUCACCACAGCUUCUAGUGCGGCCCUCAAACCCACUUUUGGCUCCACAAGCGUAGGCUCACAAGAAGGCUACGCGAUCUCACCAUCAACAAGUUUGAAUCGAGAUCAAAAGGCCGGCGUGCCACGCAUGUUUCCUCGCCAGCCAACUGCUCAUCAUCCGGCCUGUCCUGUCCUCACACGCUUUCAAAUCUCCCCUCCCUUGCCAUUGGUCUCCACUCUCGAUGCCUUGAGGAACGCGUGUAAUCACACCCCACCACGUGUUUUACCCGCUCCACCACCCUUGUCAGAGAGACUUCGAGCGAAAUGGGCAGAGAUUCAAGCGGCAGAGGCACUUGCGAAGCACCUGGCGGACAGCUCAGCCGAUGCGGAUAGCUGUACGAAACUACCUCGACGGAAGCGAACCAUCAAGCGACAACAUCAAGAAUCAGUCGAACCGCCAAAAGCUUAAUAGACUUUGUCGUCGUGCCCUUCCCUCCCUUUGCGUGUGCGGGUUUCGUCCAUCGCGGCCUUGAUCAACUCGUGUGUAUAGAAGCGUCCAAUACGGGUUGAAUCAUUUGUUCUACCUCACAUAUCCACAACUCGCGUCUUCAACUUCUUUUAAUAACCUUUUUUUCUUUUAGCUAUCAAGAUCUGCUUGUACAACCUCUCAUUCUACUUUAUACCUCAUUUUUGGCUCCAUAUACCACAUGUCAUUUGUAGAGUUUUUUUCCUUUUGGAACACUUGUCAUCAUCUGGGAAAUUUUAUAUGGACAUCUAUGAUGCCUUUUGCGCGUCUUACUUGAAAAUUCU